UCCCCGAAGUCCCGGACUCUGGCUCGGCCCUGAGCUCCGCUGACAUUCCCUCCCGCUGCCUCCGCAACCCGGCCUUCCGCCACACCUCCGCGCGCUACUGCUCCGCCCUCAGCAUGGACUCCUCUCCGGAUAGCGCCGAAAGGCCGAUCAGCUACAGCUCCACCUCUUCUUCUGCCUCCUCGCGGGACAGUCACUGCUCACUGGGCAGCCGCUCAACCCUCGUCCCCACCCCUCACUGUAACCCUGUGACUUCAGACCGGGACUCCGGGGCAAUCCGGUUGGAACUGGUCCCGGCCCGGCAGCUGGGAUGCGGGGAGGAAGAUGAUAGGAAUGAUGGAGGGAUGGACACAGGGAGGGGACAGGGGAGACAGGACAGUGGACAGACUGUGACAGAACAUUCAGAGCCUGAGGUGAGCCCAGAGGGAGGAGAGCGGACGGGUCAGGUGCAAGGACCAAGGACGUAUGUGGACCGGGUGGUGCAGGAGAUAAUGGACACAGAGAGGACCUACGUCCAGGAUCUGCGCAGCAUUGUAGAGGACUACUUGGAGUGCAUCAGUAACCAGUCUCGGCUGGCCCUGAGCUCUGAGGAUAAAGGCUCCCUGUUUGGCAACAUCCAGGACAUCUACCACUUUAACAGGGAUCUUCUUCAUGAUCUUGAGAAGUGCAACGCCGACCCCGUGGCCAUCGCAGAGUGCUUCGUAUCCAAGAGUGAAGAAUUCCACAUUUAUACUCAGUACUGCACCAACUACCCACGGUCGGUGGCUGUGCUAACAGAGUGCAUGAGAAACAAGGCGUUGGCCAAGUUUUUCCGCGAGCGCCAGGAAUCUCUGAGGCACUCCCUGCCCCUGGGCUCCUACCUGCUCAAGCCAGUGCAGAGGAUCCUCAAGUACCACCUACUGCUGCACGAGAUAGCCAACCACAUGGAGAAGGACACAGAGACCUACGAGGUUGUGCAGGAAGCCAUAGACACCAUGCAGAGAGUGGCCUGGCACAUCAACGACAUGAAGAGGAAGCACGAGCACGCUGUUAGGUUGCAGGAAAUCCAGAGCCUGCUGACCAACUGGAAGGGCCCUGACCUGAUCGGCUACGGAGAGUUGGUUCUCGAAGGAACGUUUCGUCUGCAGCGAGCCAAAAAUGAGAGAACGCUCUUCCUGUUUGACAAGCUUCUCCUCAUCACCAAGAAACGAGAGGAAACCUACACGUACAAGGCUCACAUACUGUGCUGUAACCUGAUGCUGGUGGAGGUGAUUCCUAAAGAACCGCUGAGUUUCAGUGUGUUUCACUACAAGAAUCCCAAACUUCAGCACACAGUCCAGGCCAAAUCACAGCAAGACAAGCGCAUGUGGAUCUUACACCUCAAGAGACUCAUACUUGAAAACCAUCCGGCCAAAAUCCCCGCCAAGGCCAAACAAGCCAUUUUGGAGAUGGAUGCAAUGCAUCAUCCCGGGUUUCAUUACAGCCCUGAUGGCGACAAGAAGGAUUCCCCUCAGACCAAGGAGGGUCCAACUCCUCGUAGAGGACGCAGGAAAGAACCUCUAUCAAAAUUAUUGAAGAAUGCAAAGCAGAAUGCUGCCAACACAGACGGCGAAAAGCGAAUAAGUCUGGGAGCCACCCUGCUCUCGCCAAUGUCCCAGCUGGCUUUGGGCACCAUCGGUCGCAGCCGCAGCCUCAUCAACCAAUCGCAGGAGUCCUUGGACCCCGGCGAUCACUUUGACCACAGUGACAGAGAAGAGGAGCCUCAUCAGCAAGAUGCUGAUGACGAAGAUGACAGUGGCCUGGGAGGCGGAAAGCGGCUGCGAGUCCCCGGCAAAAGCAGUAGGAAGAGGCUGAACCCUCAGGCAUCUGUCGACAGUAUAGAACAGUGGAAAACCUUCAACAUGAGCUCCUCAGACUUACAGAAAGCCAGAGAAUCCCUGGUGAGGGAUGGAAGUCGCCACCCACCGCUUCUCAGGACACCUCACGUGACAGAGGAGCCGCCAGACACCCCCAUCCCCUCUGUAGUAAUCACAGAGAGUGAGAAUCCUGUAAGGAACAUCUGGGCGGACCACCGCGCUCGCAGGGCCAUGUUCCCCACCCGCCAGCGGACCAUGCAGCCCGACGACGAGGACGAGGACAUCUACCAGAUGUUUGUCCCGACAGAGCAGAGCGGGCCAGAACCAGAGACGCCCACGGAGAGGACUGAAGCCACCUCAUCGCCCAAGACAGCUCGGCCCUGCAGCUGGCAUGUUGAACAGGUGCCCACUGUGCAGAUUGACCCUCCACCUGACGGGAGCAGAGUCCUGCGGAGGGCGAGCAGCGCGGGGGAGAAGGCAACGGAGGCCCGACAGAGUCCUGAUGACGACCAGACUGAUCACAGCAACCUGGAAGUGAUCCACACUGAAUCCUCCAGCAACGACAUAUCUGGAUCAUCCUCAGCUGAGCAGCUGACGAUAGACGAUAUAGAAAACGUGUAUGACAACAUCAGUUAUGAGGACUUGAAGAGCAUGGGCCUCGUCAGAAGGGACCCAGAGGAGAGCCGGAAAGAAACUUCUGCAGAUGCACAGGGUUCCCAGGCCCAAGCAGCAAGGGUACUAAAUGCUCCAGAGGUUCAUGCGAUCACAGAGCCUCUGAUUGAACCAGACACUUCCUCAGACAGCAACCGGUCCUCAACACAGGAGGGGAGGCCAUUUGGGCCAUGUGAGCUCAAGAUAGUGGAGGAGAACAUCUAUGACACCAUCUGCUUCAGGGAGCCUCCAUCAGCAGAGCCUAAAGGAACGAAUGAAGGCGACAAACUACAACAAGAGAGGGACAGUCUGCUGGCCUCUGAGCAGGACCUAACUGAAAGCCUCGGAGGGUUUGUAUCCGAGGAAAGUCUCCAUUUUGUAGAGGACGAAGCACCAGACACGUCCCACCCUGUCCCAUGUUCCUCUGAGCCAGAUUAUUCCUCCUCGUCUGCCUCUGAGACUUUCUCCCAGCGCUCACAGAAAGGGGAUAAGAUGUCAGAGCAGGUCGAUGAGAUCUGGAACGAUCUGGAGAACUACAUCAAGAACAAUGAGAAGAAAGCUGAUAGAUUUCCUGCUGCCUUCCCUGUUGGUGCCACUGAGUCGCCUAAGAAGGCGUCUUCAGUUAAAAACAGCCCUACAAAGAGCCCCCCUGUAAUUAGUCCUCAAGCAGCCAGCCCUCCACCCAAGAGUCCCCCAGCACAUCAGCCUAAACCCCCACCUGUCACCUCUACACCGUCAUUCACCAUCCCAGUCAUCCAACUGCCAGACCCUCAAAGUGAAGGCGCCAGUGCAGAAGAAAACCACAGUCCUGGUCCUGCAGCUCGCCCCCUUCCUGCCACCCCAGAGCCCCUCCCCGGCACCGUGAAGAGCAUCCGUAACAGACUGGCUCGCCUCAGCAGCGGCAGUUUCCGCCUAGAGGACGACGACCUGGUGGAGCUUCCUCAGCGAAGCACCCCUCAGAGGGAUAUUCCCCUCAAGGAGCUCCACAGCUUGUUUUCGGGGGAGCUGGCAGGGCUGGACUCGCCGCUGGCCUCCUCCUCUCUCCUGCUGGGUGAAUCUGUGGACUUGGACCUGAUGGAUAAAUCAAAGAACCGCGUGUUCCUGAUGGCGCGGCAGUACAGCCAGAAGAUCAAGAAAGCCAACCAGCUGCUGCGCAUGAGGAGCAUGGACCCUGGAGACGCUUGUAGUCGCGCCAGAAAUGAGAAGAAGCAGAAAGACCUGGCAGCCAUCUUGGAAGAAAAGAAACAAGGGGGAACUGCCAUAGGUGCGAGGAUAGCGGAGUACUCCCAGCUCUAUGACCAGGUGAUGUUUAGGGAUCCUUCCGCUCCAGCUGGCCCACAUCACUCCCAUCCAGGGCUGCCGUCUUCUCCGUCCAUGCCUGAGACCUCCCUGGAGGAGGACUGGCUCCACUCCACAUACAGCAACGGAGAGCUGGCCAGCUUCGUCUCCUCAUCCAGCGAGUUGAACGAUGCUCGAGCGUCUUCCACCCCACAGCGCAGACUCACCUCCGCCUGCUCCAUCCCCUCUCUCAAGACCUCCCCUCCCUCUCAGACCUCCCCGCCGUCCCAGAGGUGGAGCUCGUGCAUGUCGGCGCCAAGCGAAAAAGAGGAGCACGUGUACAGUUCCAUUAAGAGACAUCCUUCCUUUAACGCUCCGUCGACUUCCUCCUCAAAGUCUUCCCCAUCCGGUCACUGUCAGUCGCUCGGCUCUCUGGGCAGCCAGCAGCAGGAGAAGAACCAGUCUGGACUCAAAUGUAACGGACCCACUGUGGAUCGAUCCACAGACAGACUCCAUGGCCCCAGUCUGGGCCACGCUGGUCGGCAGAGCAGCCUCCCAGAGCGCUCUACCCAGGGACAGUCAGACCUCACUUUGCACGACGGUCAACAGGUGGUGGUCCUGAACCGGGCUUCUGCACUGAGCAUACUCACCGCCACCCAGAACUACCUGGCUAACUUUAAGGACGAUGGGGAGGACGAUGAUGACUAUGUCGAGAUCCGCUCAGAGGACGAGAGCGAGCAGGAGCAGGACAGGUUGGCGCAGCGAAACGGCAGCUCAGCGGCCCUUUCCAAUCAGAGCCGGGGUCUCGCCCACUCCCAGAGUCUGCCGUGCACACCGGUGCGCUCAUGCGACCCGCUGAGGUCCCUGAACCGCGAAGAACUGGAAAAGUACCUGUGGAGCGAGCCGCAGCAGAGCCAACCCAAAAUCGUCCAGUCUCUGAGGGAGAAGUUUCAGUGUCUGAGCUCCAGUAGCUUCGCCUGAGUCUAUACGACGAAUAAAAGCCAAAUAUAUGUAAACAUACAGCGUAUAGCAACAAAAGGGACACUGCUGCUUUGCCUUGAACGCCCUUUGUCAACAUCAUAGCCCACAAACAAACAUAGAAGCAGUUUCUUUGAUCGCAGCCAUAUUUGUAACAACUUCAAUGUAAAAUACAUGAUAGGUUACUAGUAAUAGUGAAAAGCCUGCAUGUGAGUUGCCUUAGCACUUCCAACAGUCUUCUGUGUGUGUUUCAAUCAGAUCUGGUCAGCGGGGAAGCGUUCAAAGCAAAAAUGUUCUCAGUUGUUGGUAAAGGUAUUCAGUGUGACUGAAUGGGUUUUUAAUAUUCAAAGGAAUUCACACGUUGCUUUAUGUGUGUGUGAGAGGAGUGGCUCAGCUGGAGGGCUCAGUGCCAAUAAACUGUUGUACAGUUACAGUAGUUCAGGAUAUCUGUUACCGAUUGCAGGAAAUAAAAUCCGGUCUGUGCCCGACAUCUCAAACUGAAGUACAAGCGUCAAAAAUCGGACUCACCACGUCAAGCUCUUUGUUUUAAUUUGCUGGUAAGGUUAUUUUAACUGCAUUUUCAGCACUAGGUAAUCUCAAAGGGACAGUUCACCCCAAAAUUAUUUUUAUUUUUAUUUUUCCACUAACCUGUAGUGCUGUUUAUUAAACUAGAUUCUUUUGUUGCACGUCACCGAGUUUUGGAGAUAUCAGCUGUAGAGAUGUAUGCCUUCUCUCGAAUAUAAUGGAACUAGAUGGCACUCGGCU